AUGGAUAACCUCCCGCUGAAGUCAUUGCAGCUUGUGAUGGACAUCGACGUCACAUCAUCAAUCGGUACAUCAAAUAUGUUCAAAUCCUUGACACAUUUUGACACCCAUGAUUCUCGCAUGCUUCACAAUUCAUGCAAAGGCUUAGAAUGUAUUGAUUCAUUGACGCACGUUUGUGUGGUCCUGAAGUUAGGAUGUUCUGACCCUCUCAGAAUCAUUAGUCUCAUUUGCAAUCCAUGGAUACGAUUACUGGCAUUUCGCGUGGAAGAUCCUCACGAUGUAGUAGUAAAUUUCCUCGAACAGCAUGAAAUCGUCGAUCAUCAGAUAGUCCUGCUGCCUAUUGAGAUCACAAACUGGGCUAUGCUUGGUCAGGGUCACAUGCUGAUGUGGCAGUUAGCAGAGGGUCUGGUCGAGCUCCCGAUACCUCAAAAUACGGCGUGUGCGCCAAUCCCCGACUCAGCCGACAAAUACCUCAUCGUCUUAGUAUCUAUAAUCAAUGUCCUUCUAUCUUUGGGGCGGAGAGUUCCUCGAGGUCCAGUAUUGGAGUAG